UUGACAAUACUGCAACUUUCAAGGAUUCUUUGCAUCAGAAGCCUCUAAAAGCUAUUGUUGAGCAUGUUAGGGAUGGCAGCACACUUAGAGUUCUUUUACUUCCUGAUGAUGAUUACUUCCCUGAAUAUUUCAGUAUAAUAGUUAUGCUUUCAGGAAUAAGAUGUCCUACAUUUCGUGGUGAAGAGCAGACUCCUGAACCAUUUGCAGAAGAGGCAAAAUUUUACACCGAGAGUCGUCUUCUUCAAAGGGAUGUAGAAGUUAUUUUAGAAAGUGUUUCAAAUCAAAAUUUUCUUGGAACCAUAAUUCAUCCUAAUGGCAAUAUUACAGAGUUACUUUUAAGUGAUGGAUUUGCUAGAUGUGUUGACUGGAGUCUACAGUGUGUGACAUCUGGUUUAGAAAAGCUGAGAGCUGCUGAAAAGUCAGCAAAAGAAAAGCGGUUGAGGAUAUGGAAGGAUUAUGUUCCAAGUGGGCCUGUAAUAGACGCAAAAGAAAAAGAGUUUCAAGGGAAGGUUGUGGAAGUAAUAAAUGCAGAUGCCAUGGUAGUAAAACUAGCUGAUGGGUCCACUAAAAAAAUAUUCCUUGCUAGUAUACGUCCACCAAGGUUGCCUGAAAACAGUCCAGAUGCUUCAAAGGCUCGAAUUCGACCUCUGUAUGAAAUACCAUAUAUGUUUGAAGCUCGAGAAUUUCUCAGAAAGAAGUUAAUUGGGAAGAAAGUGAAUGUAACAAUUGAUUAUAUUCAGCCAGCUAAUAAUAAUUUUCCUGAAAAAACCUGUUGCACUGUAACUAUUGGUGGAGUGAAUGUUGCUGAAGCCCUAGUUAGUAAAGGGUUUGCUAAAGUUGUCAGGUAUCGUGCUGAUGAUGAUCAGAGGUCUGCACAUUAUGAUGAGCUGCUUUCUGCUGAAGCAAAAGCAAUCAAAUCAGGGAAAGGAAUGCAUAGUAAAAAAGAUAAUCCUGUGCAUCGUGUUGUUGAACUAUCUGGGGAUGUUCAAAAAUCAAAGCAGUUUCUCCCAUUUCUUCAAAGAGCUGGUAGGAUGGAAGCAGUGGUAGAAUUUGUUGCAAGUGGAUCUCGACUACGUAUAUUUGUGCCACGAGAAAACUGUCUUUUAACAUUUCUCCUUGCAGGCAUAACUUGUGUUAGAGCUUCUCGAGAAACGAAAACUGGUACACAACCAGGUGAUUUGUUUGGAGAUGAAGCAUUAGCAUUUACAAAGGAUUUAUGCUUGCAGAAAGAGGUUCAGAUUGAAGUUGAGUCAAUGGACAAAGCUGGGAAUUUCAUCGGCUGGUUGUGGAUUGAUAAUAUCAAUUUAUCUGAAGCUCUGGUGAAAGAAGGUUAUGCCGAGAUACAUUCUACUGCAGCAAGAAGUCCUUAUAUUAGAGCACUGCAAACAGCCCAGGAAGAAGCUCAGAAGAAAAAAGUAAAAAUGUGGGAAUGUCAUGAAACAUUUGAACCUGAAACAAAGGAAGAGGAGGUAUCAGAGCGAGUAGUUAAUUAUAAGAAAGUCAUGGUCACAGAUGUUCGGCUUGAUUUAACGUUUUAUGCCCAGCAUGUUGAUGAGGGCCCAAAACUAGAAGAAAUGAUGUUAAACCUUCGUCAGGAAUUUACUAGUAAUCCACCAUUACCUGGAUCCUAUACUCCGAAGAAAGGUGAUAUGUGUGCCGCUUUAUUUUCUGAUGGCUUGUGGUACAGAGCAAAAGUAGAUAAAAUUAAUGGUGGUCAAAUAUCUGUUACUUUUAUUGAUUAUGGCAAUAAAGAUAUUGUAACAGUCUCAGAACUAGCAAGCUUACCAUCUACAUAUCAUUCCGUUCCACCUGGUGGUCACGAAUAUGGCCUAGCUUUUGUGAAACCUUCCCAAGAUACUGAAAAUGCGAGUGAAGCUAAAAAUCAGUUUUUUGAAGAAACUGACAACCAAGUGCUUUUGCUUAAUGUUGAGUAUAGAGUUGGCUCUGUGCCAUAUGCUACAUUAGUAACUGUGGAUGAAAAAGAUAUAGGAAGAGAACUUGUAUCUAAAGGCUUUGUCUUUGUUGAAAAGAGAAAAGAGAAGAAAUACCAAAAAAUUAUUAACGAAUAUCUAACUGCCCAGGAUCUAGCUAAAAAGAAUAGACUUUUCCUUUGGCAAUAUGGUGAUAUCACAGAAGAUGAUGCCAAAGAAUUUGGAUAGAAUUAAAUUUAUUCUGUUUGACUUAUCUUCCAGGAAAAUGUGGUUCAGAAUUGUAUUUACUGUGAUGGAUGUGCCUAAAUAUUUUAGAAUAAUUGAUGACUAAGAGAUGCAGAAUUUUUAUGAUUGAUUAUAGCUCUUUUUUUACAAAAAUGUACAAACAUAGAUUACAUAUAUCUACACCAUAAUUUAAUUUAGGAUCACUUUUUCUGGCAGUAAGGUAGAACAGGUAUUCUUAUCAAAUGCUGCAGUGAAAUGUGUAAAAAGAUUUAAGUUUUACAAUAAAAUGCUGAAAGGUUUGGACAUUGGA